AUGUUCCUGUUCACGCAGACACGCGUUGACGUGUUUGGCCGGAGAUGGAGCGUGACAAGGACUAAGCUUCUAACGCUCUUGAAGCGGGCCUUGUGGCUUGCCGGCCGGUUGUUCUGCCGAGCGGAAUCCCUCCAACAAUCCCCACACAACCUCAAGAUGGUCUCUGUUCCUGCAGGCGUCUAUGGACGCCGGAUACCUGCAGGCGGUAUCCCCAUUCUCGCAGCUAUCGACCCUUCUGCUGCUUUCCGCAUCACCAUGGCUGCUAUUGACCCUACCGCCGCGGCUCAGAUUGACGAGGAGAACCAAACUCUUCGCGCCACUCUGAAGCUCAUCCGUGUUCCCAUGGACUUCGACGAGGAGUAUGAGGACGAUGAGGACAUGGACAUUGACGACAGCGACAUUGAGGCUAUCGCUGCUCGUCUGCGCGCAGCUGGCGCACUUCCUGAAGCCGACUCAGACAUGUCUGAUGACAGCGAAAGCGAGGCCAACGGCGCCGGCCCAAGUGACCCGGUCAAGUCGAAGAAGGCCAAGCAGGCUGCCAUCAAGAAGAAGCUACAGGAGGAGCUUGAUGACCAAAUGGACCUUGACGCCAAGAAGCCAAAUGGAGUCAAUGGCAAGGGUAAAGCCAAGGUUACAGACGAGGACAUCAGCGACGAGGACGAUUCCGAAGAUGACGAGGACGACGAGCCUGAAGAAUUUGUCUUGUGCACCCUCAACCCCGAUAGCCACUACCAACAGCCGCUCGACAUUACCAUCCGUGAGGGUGAGGAGGUCUACCUCUCCGUCUCUGGAACCCACGACGUUUACGUCACUGGUAACUACAUUGCCUUCCAAGAUGAGGAAGACGACAGUGAGGAUGAUGAGGAUGACGGCCUAGAGCAGCUUGGAUACGAUAUUGGCUCUGACGAGGAUGAGCUGGAUGUUGACGAGCUCGAUGAGUCUGAAGAGGACGAGCUCGACGGUCUUGAAGACCCAAGAAUCACCGAGGUUGAAUCCGAGGAUGAGGCUCCCAAGCUUGUCGACGCCGGCAAGAAGAACAAGAAGCGCGCUGCCGAGUCCGAGGACGAUGCCACUCUUGAUGACUUGAUGAGCAAGGCCAACGGCGAUGCGAAGCUCAGCAAGAAGGCCGCCAAAAAGUUGAAGAAGAACGAUGGUCAAGCUGUCGCCGGCGCUGAGCCCGUGAAAGCGGACAAGAACGAGGCGCCCAACAGCGACAAGAAGAAGGUUCAGUUCGCCAAGAACCUUGAACAGGGCCCGACUGGCUCGCCCAAGGUGGAUGCGCCCAAGCCAGAGGCCAAGAAGGAGGCUACCAAGGGCCCUCGCGUCGUCAGUGGUGUUACCAUCGAAGAUAAGAAGGAGGGCAAGGGCAAGGCUGCAAAGAAGGGUGAUCGUGUCGAGAUGCGCUACAUUGGCAAACUGAAGAACGGAAAGGUGUUUGACUCCAAUAAGAAGGGCAAGCCUUUCUCGUUCAAGCUCGGUGUCGGUCAAGUCAUCAAGGGCUGGGACGUCGGCGUUGCUGGUAUGACACCCGGAGCAGAGCGUCGUCUCACCAUUCCCGCUGCGCUCGCCUAUGGCAAGAAGGGUGCGCCCCCGGAUAUUCCUCCAAACUCUGACUUGAUCUUCGACAUCAAGUGUAUUUCCGUUGGUUAG